UCCGUCGGUAUGUUUUCCUCUUUUCGCCUUUCCACUGUCACGAGUUUACCUCUCGUGCUGUGUUUCUGUCCUUAAAACACAACCAAAUCGACAGUGUACGAUAACAGCGCCCUCCAUAAUUAUUGGAAUUUAGAAAAAAAGAAUAAUAUGCAGUAUGGGCACCACUGCACAUUGGACAUGUUUCACCCUUAUCUGCAUUUUUCUAACCGGUCCCAUUUUGGGUCGUCCUUUUGGGUCACUGUCUAAGUUUCCAUUCUUCACAGUAUGGAACGCUCCUACUGAAAAAUGUGCAACUCAAUUUGAUGUUGAUCUGGACUUAAGCAUUUUUGAUAUUGUCCACAACACGAACCAGAGCUUUAUUGGCAGUAACAUCACCAUUUUCUAUGAAGACAAGCUGGGCUUCUAUCCUCACUAUACUAACAAAAAUGUAUCUGUGCAUGGAGGUGUCCCUCAGAACGCCAGCUUGGAUGAUCACCUUUUACAAGCCUCUGCUGAUAUUCAAAAGAGGAUUCCAGAUAAAAACUUCAGUGGUCUGGCUGUAGUGGACUGGGAGAGCUGGCGACCACUGUGGCACCGCAACUGGGACAAAAUGGAGGUAUACAAGCAAGGCUCCAGAGCACUGGUGAGGGCUAAACACCCUGACUGGAAACCAGACCAAAUAGAAGCCCAGGCCAAAAAAGACUUUGAAAAUGCAGCACGGGCCUUUAUGGAGCAAACAAUAAAACUCGGACGAUAUGAACGACAAGGAGGCCUAUGGGGUUUCUAUGGUCUUCCUUGCUGCUACAACUACCAGUACAAAACAAAUAAGACAUACACAGGAAAGUGUCCACCAGUUGAGAUGAGCAGAAACGACAACUUAUCAUGGCUGUGGAAUGUAAGCACUGCUUUGUAUCCUGAUAUUUACAUGGAUCUGAGCCUCAGGGGUCGUGACAGAGACAUUAUACUGUAUGCUAAACAUCGAAUUCUGGAGGGUAUGAGAGUAAAAGAGCAAGUGUUUCCAAAGCAACCAAUUGUCAUCCCCUAUGCCCGUAUCGUCUAUACCUACUCACUGACAUUCCUCUCGCAGAAAGAUCUGAUUCAUACUAUUGGAGAGAGUGUCGCAUUAGGCGCAGCAGGAAUUGUGCUGUGGGGAGAUGGUCUCUAUUCCGCAAACAAGAGCACAUGUCUAGCAGUGAGAAAUUACAUGGAUAAGACUCUGGGCCGAUACGUGGUGAAUGUGACUGAGGCGGCAUCGCUCUGUAGCGAGCUACUGUGUUCAUCUCAGGGCCGAUGUGUGCGAAGGGACUCAAAUUCUUCAGCCUACCUUCAUCUUGACCCAUCAGUGUGGACCAUCAUCCCAAGAGCUAAGCUUCCUGGCCCGAACACCAACAGACCUUCAUAUGUGGUACAACAGAACAAUAAGUUUUCAUUGUACAAAAGAUCUCAUUUUGUAAAACCAUUUGUGUGCCAGUGUUAUCCAGGUUGGGAGGGCGACCACUGUGAGAACAAGAAGCCUGGGCAGUGAAAGUAAACAGAACUUUAAACAAAUACUUUAGUCCGCAAGAAUUUAGUCUGAGACUUCUGUGCUGGCAAAUCCUGUACAGACAGACACUCUGCCCAGUUUUUAGUAAAACUGUAAAUAUAAUAAAAUGACAAAUAUACUUUUAAUCACCAUAACAAUUUAAACCUAAUAUGCACCUUAACUGACAUUACCUUAGCAGACAUUAACAGGAAUUUAUAUUCCUCUUAUUUAAAUGUUAUAUUUAAUUUACUUUAUAGUUGACAUGUAGAACUUUUAUUCACAUCAUUUUAUUAAGAAUGCUGAUAUUUUAAAAUAUUAAAAUAAGCAUGCAAAUGUUAAACAUUAGCAAACAGAUCUUUAAAUAAUAUUUGUUGCAUCAAUACCAAUAUUGGAAUUAAUUCAGUUUGCUGUAUGUAUGCAUGUAUCAAAUGUUUAGCAGCGCAGGGGUGUGUGAAUUUGCACCCUCUUCUGGGUUUAUCUUGCAAAACAUGUCUGAGUCUACAGUCCUGGCUUGCCACUAGAUAGCAGUAAAGGAACAUCAAAACAGUUCCAGUCAGUCAAACAUAAAUUUUUGCCCGUUCUCCUUUACCAAACUCAAGCUCAGUCAGAUUGGAUGGAGCGUGUCUGUGAACAGCAAUUUUCAAGUCUUGCCAAAGAUUCACAAUUGGAUUUAGAUCUGGACUUUGACUGGGCCAUUCUAACCAAGUAUGUUUUGAUCUAAACCAUUCUAAUGUAGAUCUGGCUGUAUGUUUUGCUUCGUUGUCUGAACCUCCCACUUCCAGUGUCAAUUUUUUUGCAGAAUCUAACAGGUUUUCUUUUAAGAUUGCACUCUAUUUGGCUCCAUCCAUCUUCCCAUCAACUUUGACCAGCUUCCCUGUCCCUAUUAAAGAAAAGCAUCCCCACAACAUGAUGCUGCCACCAUCAUGCACAGUGUUAGUUUAUUGACACAGUUUUUUCAUUUAGUGCCUUCUUUCACAUAUUUGCAGUGUGCCCCACAUGGCUUGUUGCAAGCUACAAGUGGAAAUUCUUAUGGCUUUCUGUCAACAAUGGCUUUCUUCUUGCCGCUCUUUCAUAAAGGCCAGAUCUGUGAAGUGCAUGACUAAUAGUUGACCUGUGGACAGAUUCUCCCACCUAAGCUGUGCACCUGUGCAGCUCCUCCAGAGUUACCAGGGACCUCUUGGUUGCUUCUAUAGUUGAUACUUUUCUUGCCCGGCCUGUCAGUUUAGGUGGACGGCCAUGUCUUAGGUUUGCAGUUGUGCCAAACUCUUUUUAUUUUCGGAUGAUGUAUUGAACAGUGGUUCCUGAGAUGUUAAAAGCUUGAAGUAUUUUUUUAAUAACCUAACCCUAAUUGGAACAACUUUAUCCCUGACCUGUCUGGUGUGUUCCUUGGGCUUCAUGAUGAUGUUUAUUCACUAAUGUGCUCUAAUAAACCUCUAAGGGCUUCACAGAACAGCUGUAAUUAUACUGAGAUUAAAUUCCACACAGGUAGACUCUAUAUACUAAUGAAGUGACUUCUGAAGGCAAUGGGUUCCACUGAAUGUUAGAGGUAUCAGAGUAAAGUGGGCUGAAUACAAAUGCACACCACACUUUUCAUAUUUUAAUUUGUAAAAAAUGUUGAAAACCAUUUAAUAUUUUCCUCACAAUUAUGUGCCACUUUGUGUUGGUCUAUCCUAAAAAAUACAUUUACCUUUGUGGUUGUAAC